CAACAUUUCAAAAGGUCGUAGUAGUAUAUUCUGCUUACGCAACUUUCGAAAUAGAGUAGGAAACACAUUGGGGAUUGUCACGUACACCACUCAUGUGUUAUGAACUUGUGAGGAAGGAAGGUGACCGACAUCAAAAUAUUGAUCUGUGAAGCAAAAGAAUUCUAUCAGAGUUUAUAAAACUGUCCUGGACAAGAAAAAUGACGUGAUAAGCAAAACUGAAUUAACGCGAAUUUUCUCAGCACUGGAUUUGUCCGGCAUAAAUAUUAUAAUUUGGGACAAUUAACAAAUCGAACGUUUAGAGGAAUGCCUGUGGAAAGCUUAACGUCGCACGAGGUAGACCAUAAGCAGAUAAAGAAAUGGGAAGAGAAGCUGAGUGAAGAAGAGAGAGCUAGACUUGCUCUUAUAGAGUGGAGAAAGGACCAGAAGUAUGACUUCAAAAGCCCCUUGAUUGAGUAUCCACAACUGGGUAUCGGAAUUGGUGGAAUAAUUGCCAUUGUCGUUGGUAGAGCUCUUUACUACAGACCCUAUCAGAGGAAGAUAGCAAGACAAUAUGGAAAAGUCGAAUUUUCCCAGUACCUUGUACAAACCAGAAUCUCUGCAACCAGUGAUACUUGUCAGGUUCAGUGUGUGUUUCAUCAAGAAAAUGGACAUGUAAAAUCAGUGUAGUUUUGCUUUAGAUCUUUGCUGCUUCCCUGAAUGAAUAAAAUCGCCAUGGAAUAUU